UUAUGGUUUGGCAAGUGUUCAGCUCCAAUUUGGAACAUUUGCUAGCGAACGUUUGGGAACAACCUCUUUAAUGUACCUACCCGUAGAUAAACCAUAUUUCUAUAUGUCUCCAUCAGAAUUUAAAAAUAUUGUAUCACAUAUACGUGGCGUAAAGGUAUUGCAAGUUUCAUGUAAAGUAGUAAUGAGAAAUCCACGUACUGCAUUUGAAACAAAUGCGUCUACGAGUAAUUUAGCUACUUUAAACCAAAAUAAAUUUGUUCAAUAUGCCCAUGGCUUGAUAAAUAAAACUAGAGGUUUCAAUACUGUAUAUGAAUUUUCUACGGCUACUAAUCCAAUGACACCAACUAGUUGUUCAGUGAUCGAUGAAAAAUGUAUGAAAAAAGUAAUAAGUGCAAUGUACGGUACAGCACCAGAUAAUUGGCUAAAACCAAAUUGGACGGUUGGCGCCACUCUACCAUGUUCAUUUAUGAAUUUACCUAUGCAAUUUCCAUCUUACUAUUCUAUGUACGCGAACUCUGCUCAAAAUAAUGGACUUAUAGGUUGGCAAGAUAUACAAAAAUUUAUAACUAAAAUGGAUGCCAGUGCUGCAGUUGGUAGUACAAUUGUUGAAUAUACAUAUAAACCUACAUUGUCAUAUUUAACAAUGCCGUGGGCUUCUGUGUUUGCUGGUAGAACAAAUACCAAAGGUACAAAUGUAGAGUCGUUCAACGUUGCCGAUACUAAUAGUAUAUCACUGCCUAACGCGUUUACGUUAAAUCGAUUAGACGGUACUUAUAAAGCCGAUACGACAAAUAAUUAUGCACUAUUGACCGACGAAAAGUGGAAAGAAAUAUUUAAUGACGAAUUUAAUAGAUACAUAGAACCUUUGGAAUGUGGACAAUAUAUUAAACACGGAUUACGUCCGUCUGUAUCAGCUAAAAUUCAGCCUUCAUUACAUGUUGGAGUUUGUCCUGUACCAAAAUUAACUACAACAAACGCUAAUUUUGUACCUGAUAAAUUUACUGAUAUAGAAUGUAUGUGGGAUAUUGAAACGGAGCUUGUUUGUGAAUAUGGUUUACCAUAUACAUAUACUUCAUUCCCAACUUGUCAUAUUGAACUCGAAGGCACGCCCAUGGUUGUAAAUAAUACUACAAAGGAAUCUAUGUUCUACGAAGAACUCAGUUUGUUCAACAAUCAAUUUAUAUCACCUUCAGCAUAGCAAUUAGAGUCAACGACCGCUGAAACAAUAACAACGUCUCAACCACGACCUUUGAUAAGACCACAGUCUGUAGUUGAUGUGUUACAGAGACGUGCACAACAGCAGUCGAUUAUACCGGAGGAGGAAGAUAUAACUAGUUUACAUUAUGUAAAUGUAUUUGAUUAAAUGUAUAAUAAAAAAAACAAUAUAUUAUAUAUGUGUUAUAGUUUAUUAGAAC